GGGGUAGAGGAGCGCUCGGUUAUGUCUCAUCCGAGGACAGGACAGGACAGGACAGGACAGGACGGUAUUAUGAGCUGAAGAAAUCCCGCAGCCUCCGUGUUAUGAUGGUUUGUGAGCAGUUGAACGGGUGAGAGAGGCUCUUCACGUGUGUGGUGGUGUUAGAUUAGUUUUUAGCCUUUAGUUGAGUGUUUUUCAAUUAGACCAUAUUUACCUUAUUUUUGAAUUACACCCCCUCUUCCCUGACUCCCUCGGUAGUUUUUCAUCUUCUCGGACACAAUGUCAGUGGUGUUUUUUUAAUUUUUUUUUUUAAAUAGCGAGACAUGUGCGGCAGAUAAGCUGCGUCUCGUCUCGCGUAAAAGCAGCCGGGACCACCGGACAUUUUUUACAAAGACACACACCAGGAGGAGACGCAACAUGUUUGAAGCUUCGGGGAUCCCUCUGCUCGUGCUGGACGUUACCUGUCUCAUCCUCGUUGGACUUCCAUUUUUUAUCCUUACCCCUCAACACAAUCCCUUCAAACGGGGUUUCUUCUGUAAUGAUGAGUCCAUCAGAUACCCCCUCAAAGAGGACACCAUAUCCUACCAGCUGCUGGGAGGAGUCAUGAUCCCCUUCACAUUGAUUGUGAUUGUCUGUGGUGAGUGCCUUUCUGUUUACAUGUCUCGCAUCAAGAACCACUCUUUGGGGACCAAGUAUGUGGCAUGUGUCUACAAAGCUGUGGGGAGCUACGUGUUUGGAGCUGCUGCUAGCCAGUCUCUGACGGAUAUAGCCAAAUACUCCAUCGGUCGACUGCGGCCAAACUUCCUGGCUGUAUGCAAACCAGUCUGGGAACGUAUCAACUGCAAAGCUGGUGGUUACAUCGAGAACUUCACCUGCACUGGAGACAAGUUUCUGGUAGAUGAGGCCAGACUGUCCUUCUACUCUGGUCAUUCGUCCUUCUCUAUGUACUGCAUGCUGUUCCUUGUACUGUACAUUCAAGCCAGACUGAAGUCAGAGUGGGCGAGGCUACUGCGUCCUACCAUCCAGUUUUUCCUUAUCGCGACUGCUGUUUAUGUGGGUCUUUCCCGGGUGUCUGACUACAAACAUCACUGGAGUGAUGUGCUUGCAGGCCUCUUGCAAGGGGGUUUAGUGGCUACUCUCACAGUGUUCUGUGUGUCCAAUUUCUUUGAACAGCCAGUGGACCCAGUGGUGUCACAGGAGGAAGAUACCUCACACACCAGUCUACAGGAAAACCCUUCCAAUGGGAACCACUAUGGUAGCACUGACUGAAAUCUGAGAUCUCAGAGACAAUACUAUAUUGGACCCCUAUCCCUUAAAAUGGUCACGGAGGACCUAAACUGAAAACACCUCACUGAACUGCAAGUGUUUGACAUUAACUACCGGCUGUUUCUGUGCAUUUCUUCAACACAGUUUGCCCCAUGGAGCCAAUGCUGCAGCCUGCAGGCUUUAGCUGCUGUCUUUGGUGUGGUCGGUAAAUUUAAUUACAGGAAGAAAAGUGCACUGCAGAAGACAGUACUUGCACUUUAUUGAGUUAUAAAGUUUCUGCCAAGUAUUGGGGUAAAUCCAACAUAAUACAGUUUGUUAUUAUUAUUAUUGUUAUUAUUAUUAUUGUUGUGAUUAUUAUUGAUAUUAUUACCAUUAUUGUGAAAAUAUAGCAUGUUGGGUUUUCCUGGAAAUGUUGCUUUUUACAGUGUGAGCCUGUUGGAAAUGUGGUUUCUAGUGUAUAUUGGUCUGGUGUUGCCAUCAUGAAUGAAUGAAAUUCCUUUUGCACAGAAUAUAAUGAGCGUCUGUGUUGCGCACUGCAAGCAGGCUUGUAGAGAGCCUGGCACCUGUGAAUAAGAAAACCUGGACAGUCCUUAAACCUAAAAUGGAGACUGAACUCAGAAAUAAUAUAUUUCAUGUUGAUUUUUGCCUUAGAUUGCUGCUACGUGCUGUUACGGCUCUUCCCUGGUGAUUUCAUGUAUGAAAAAUACAAUGCAUUGACUUUUUGUGUGUGUGUUUGACAAAUAAAGUCAAUUUUGCUACUUUGUUA